AUGAUCAGAACUCCCACAAGAACCAAAACCAAGUCCUAUAAUGGAUCUCAAUCAGAAUUUAGGUUCCCAGAUGUUGAAGUUUUGGCUCAUCUUAAAUUGCCAGAACAUGGUUUAAACAACCAUCAUCUACUAAACGAGCAAUUGAAUAAGAAGCCAGAAGACGAUAUUCACUCCCAGCAUUUAUCUGACUAUACCACGACAAAUUCCAACUCCGGUAACUCAUCUAAUGGAUACUACUCAUUUGCUAACAUAUCUGAUAAUACGACUAAUCCUGACAAGUUGUCUGCUGUCAAGAACACAGCUUGUGCAAUUGGAAACAACAGGUACUCAUAUAUAUCAUCUUCCGGUUCUUCAGUGCAUUAUCCUGGAACACUGGCACCGGACAGAACACCUAGAAUAUGUCCCACAAACUCACCUGAAUUUGGCAGGCCAUUGGAUGGUAACUUUGAUAUGCAAUGCAUACCAGAAGCAUAUUCUACGGUUACCUCUGAUUUCACUUUGCCGACUGCCGACAAUAUUUCUUUCCAGUUCACACUGUCAUCUGGUAACUCCACUGCAAUGCUAAAGAAGCGUAGUACGCCGUCUACGAAAACGCGAAACGCCACGAACUUAAGUGAGAAACGGAAAUCAUCAGUCAAAAGAUCAACUUCGACUGUGUCAAGAAGGUCGAAUAUAAAAAGAUCAAAUGCGAUAAGAUGCAAAGGUGGACUCUUACACUAUUUCACUAAGCUCGGUAAACGUGUAAGAUUAAACCUUAAGAAGUUCCACCUGGCUCUAAAACGCAAACUCUUUACGUACAAACAACGUCAUUUCGCAAAGUCUGAUAAGAGGACAACAUCACAUUUACUUCGUUCAAACGGGUAUUUCGCAAAUAUUAAGAGGUCACAAUCGAUGAGAUCAAUGGCUUCUUACUCUGAUACAUCCUCUCCAACCGUUCCAUCUGGAUUGGAUAUAAAGAAUACCCCGAUUGUCAAGCAUUCCUCCAACAUCAACCAUCGUUCAUUGAGGAGAACUCCAUCCUCUAUUAAGCGUGCAGCAUCGAUCCUUACGAGCAGUAAUUCACUUAUUUUUUCUAGAAGUAAUUCUUCCGUCGGAAGAACUGAUUCAACCCGUUUAGUUAGGUCUCAACCUUCUCUAAAUUUAAACUUAGCGGUAAGACAACCUUCCAUCGUUGUUAAAAAUAAGGUGAUACCACUUUCUCAAUUCGAUCAUGACGAUUAUUGUAUUAGAGAAGAAGACGAAGACGAAGAAGACGAAGAUGAAUAUAUUAUCGAUACACAAAAGAUGCAACCACUAAAGUCAGAGAUGGGAUCUAUUACAUCAUCCUUACAUGAUGGUGAUUCUGUCUUCGAAGACGCUAUGAGUUCGUCUGCCUCAAUGGAAUCAUUGAGUGAAUCUGUCAAAAUUCUGAAUGCAAAUAAGGCUUGGGAUUCUUACCUUCGUGCAGUUAUCUCACAAAGAAUUUUGAUGAGAUUGCAAGUCGCGAAGUUCCAAGCUUCACAAGAUCACCAUACUUACAAAGAAUUGCUUGACGCCAUUGUCACAGACUAUGAAAGCGAUGCUAUCUUUUCGAAUAACGACGCACAAACAGAAAAUGACUCCAUGUCAGAAUGUGACUCCCCUCAUGAGUUCGACACUCUAACUGAUUCCUCGAGAAGUACACCAGCAGUUGUUCCACAGAGUUUACGCGAAAGCUUUUCGUCAUUAGCUAAUUUCCAAACCUCUGUGAAAGCCGGUGUUCGGAGAAAUCUAACAUUACCUGUAGGUAUCAGCAUCUGA